AUGCGGGGGUGUCCCGGGCAGGCUCUGGAGUCGCGCCGCGCCACAGCCACUGGCGCCUCCAGCUUCAGCGCCUGCGGGCUCUGCGUCACCGUCCGGCGAGGGCUUGCGCUCCGCCGCGCGCUGCUGUCCCCCGAUCCCGCCGCCAGGCGCCGCCCUGGCUGCCGCUCCCCCUGCGGGAACCGCGCGGUGGUACAGCCAGGCUCCCGGCGUUGGCGAGCAGGGGCUGCGCAUAGCGCAGCGACCCCUGGGGGUCAGUCCCAGGCUCUGCAAACGGCCCUGGCCAUGUCCCCUACCGGCCCCCGAGGUUUCCGGGCGCCCAGGUCUCUCCCAGGCGUGCGCUCCUGCUGGCGGCUCUCAGCCACAUCUGCUCAUCUUUGGCACCUCACCAGCCCGCUGGACACUCGAGGGCAUCCCCGUAUGCCCUCCGGAGAUGGUUGCCAAGCCCAGGCGCCUGGCAUCAUCCCUUUCUCCCUCCUCUAUUCACCUCUCUGGCAGCAGAGUCCGGAGCCCUGCCAGCCCCUGGGACCGGGCACUCGUCCAGCAGCAGCACAGUGCUCCAAAGACAUUGGCCUUGAUGUCACCCAAGGAGAGGCAAGGGGACUCUCAAGAGGGCCUGGUUCCAGCCUCUCGCUGCAGGAGGGAUGCCACUGCCGGCUGAGAGGCCACUCAGGGAUACUCAAGGCUCAGCAUGAAACCUCAGACUGGUUCCCCAUCCUGCCCUUCGUCUGUCUGGCUUCCUGGUACAAGUUGGCCAGCAUCUUGUACUCCACCCAGCUCUACUGGCCCACUGGCGCCAGGAGACAGGCUAGCUUUAACUCUGGCCACCAGGACCCAUCAGAGCUCUGCAGUGACAGCAAGAAAGAGCUUUCCUGGCAUCUCCCCAGUCAAGAAUCUGUGUGGCUCUGAUGGACUGCCCCCCAGUGCCAGCUUCUAUUCCUGCACAUCUCAUGUGGGCAGGGUGCAGAGUACACUAUUCAAAAACACAGUGGUAGAGCGCUGAGUGGAGUGGAGGGCUGGUGGACAAAUCUGCAUUUUAUCAGGGCAGAGGCCCUUUAGGCAACAAGAAUGCUGCCAACCAUAUCUGUCCUGAUCCUAGCCAAUCGCUGCCAUGGAUUGGGUGCCAGACCCUGUAUACAUAUGUCUUCACUCAAGACAUCUCCCUCCCACGAAAUGAAUCUUCUUGUUAAUCUAUUUUCAGAGGAAGAGUAACUAGUGGCUUCAGGUCACCAAGCAGAUAAACUGAGGAGUCAAAGUCAGGGAAUUUGAUUCUGUAGCCCAGGUUCAUUUUCACAUUCUUCCCACUUUACAGUUGUGAAGACUGAGGGUCAGAGAUGUCAUGGCACUCAAGAUCAUAGAAAUGAUAGUGCAGCAGGUCCGAACUGAGGUCUGCCACUCUCACCUCUCUGUCCCCCCAUGGAGAGCAUCCUGUCUUUCUGCUCUGGUCUGUGGACCUCAGGUCUCACCCAAGGUCUUGAACACAGCUACUGUAAUAUCUCUGCACAUGUUUUUUAGGAAAGUCAUUGCCAAGAGAGUUGGUCUAAGGCGAAGUUCAUAUUCAACUUGACUGAACUUCAGAUUGUCUGAGUUGAAUAUGGCCUGCCUCAGGAAACUACAGGGACCAGCCCCAAGGAGGGAGAGUCACACCUAGUCUUUCUAGGACAAGAUCCAGGGGGCAGGACUAGUGGCUGCAGACAUACCACAGCCCUGGCAUCCUCUGGCCAGGGUCACAAGGUCAUCUAGCCUCUUCCAGCAAGCAGCAAGACUGAGGCCCGGGCAGGGGAUCCCACGACUGCAGUUACUUCCCGGCACUGCUGUUCUUCUGGCCUCUUCUCUUCUGUGUCCUUCCUGCCAUCUCCAGGACCUCAUUUUGCAGCUGGGCACGUCGGGGGACAGCUGCUCUUGUUGGCAACCCGAGCCACAUCUGGCAGAUGUGUCAGCAGGAUGCAGGAGGAAUGUGUGAGUAGCCUUAAUAUGUAUGUGGGGGAGCAGCCUUGGGCAGAGCUGUGCCUGAGAAUUGGUGUGAUGGCUUCCCCUUCUUCUCUCUCUCCCUGCCUCUCUUCCUUUUUCUCCUCUUCUUUUUUGUCUCUUCCCAAACUCCCACACUCCCUGACCUCAUCCUUUAGCUCUUCCUUUUAUACUGGUCCCAGUAAUUCACCACCAUCUUCCUUCAUCUUCCCAACACCGAGGGGAUAGUUAUCUCCCUUCUAUAGACAGAAAGCCAAGAUUUAAGGCCCAGCGAGUUCAAGCCCAGCCCCCAGGCCUCUGCUCUCCCAAGCGCUGAGGGAACACAGCACCUCAGUCCUGUGGGACGGGAAGGGCAGAGCUGGCGAUCCACACUCUUGGUCUCAGGUGGGUUGUUGGGAGGAUGUGUCUCCCUUGAAGCUGAGCUGAUCUCAUCACCCAGCCUGGACUGUGAGUCCCUGAGCUUAAAUCCUCUCCCUGCCCCGUGCACAGGGUCAGCCCAGGGUCAGUGAAGUGUGUCAGAUGCAAAACCAGAGAAACAGAAGCAGAGUCAGACCAGCUAUUCCAGAGGGACCCAGGCACAGAGGACUUCUAUCCCUGGAGGUUCUGGGACUGUUGUUUCUAUGUUGGGACAUAGUGCUCGGUGCUAGGUGGACUUGAGUGCUUUGAUGUCUGCACUGCUGGCUGGAGUAUGUUGUCUAUAUUGUGUCUCUGAACUCACCUUCCAGCUACCUCAUGAAGCGGCUGUAGCUGGGCAAGGCAGCCAUGACUGCGAUGCCAGCACUCAGGAGACUGAGGCAGGAAGAUCUUAAGUUCUAGGCCAGCUUGGACUACGUAUUGAGAUAAUGUCUUUUAAAACAACAAACAUGCCAGGCAGCGGUGCACACCUUUAAUUCCAGCACUGAGGAAGCCAAGGCAGACGGAUGUUUGUGAGUUCAAGGCCAGCCUGGUCUACGGAGGGAGUUCCAGGACAGCCAGGGCUACACAGAGAAACCCUGUCUCAAAAACACCAAAACAAACAAAUAA